UGAUGUCAUCCAUGAACUCCAGCGGCCACGCCUCUUCCUCUUCUUCCCCCCAUAUGAUCGUCAUUCUCCACACGGCGUCUCUCCGCGGCCAUGGUAACAGCACCGUCUAACGGACUACGGCAGACAACAACAGAAACAAGUGCUUCUCUUUGAGACAGUUCCAGCACAGAAACAUUGUCCUCCGUUUAAGAUGAACCUGGCAGAGAUCUGUGACAACGCUAAGAAGGGCAGAGAGUAUGCUCUGCUGGGGAACUAUGACUCCUCUAUGGUCUACUACCAGGGAGUGAUCCAGCAGAUACAUAAACACGGCCAAGCCCUCAGAGACCCUGCACUCAAAGUCAAGUGGCAACAGGUGAGACAGGAGUUGUUGGAGGAGUAUGAGCAGGUGAAAGGCAUUGUGGGAACUCUGGAGAGUUUUAAGGUGGACAAGCCAGCUGACUUCCCCGUCCCUCAGUCUGAGGAGGGGCCCAGAGACCCUGCAGUGUGGCCCCCACCCACCCCUGCAGAGCACAGGGCCCCUACUGCAGUGAAGCGUCCUAACACUGGGGUGAAACCCCAGCAGAGGAAGGACUCUCCAGGUAUGCAGCCCAGAGGGGCUCCGGGAGGGAGGGGCCAGACCAACCCUAAAACAGACCGCCCCGCCCCCAGGGAUGCCCCCCGAGGCACCAAGGUCAGAGACGACAAGGGUAAAAAGGCUGUAGCAGAGGGAGCAGGGGAUGGAGAGCUGAAGAAGUUUGAUGGUUCGGGGUACGACAGUGACUUAGUGGAGGCACUGGAGAGAGACAUCGUCUCCCGCAACCCCAACAUACACUGGGGAGACAUCGCUGACCUGGAAGAUGCUAAGAAGCUGCUGAGAGAAGCGGUGGUUCUGCCCAUGUGGAUGCCAGACUUCUUCAAGGGUAUACGCCGACCCUGGAAGGGUGUGUUGAUGGUGGGCCCACCAGGGACAGGAAAGACCAUGCUGGCUAAAGCCGUGGCUACAGAGUGUGGCACCACCUUCUUCAACGUAUCCUCCUCCACACUCACCUCCAAAUACAGAGGAGAGUCUGAGAAACUGGUUCGCCUGCUCUUUGAGAUGGCGAGGUUCUAUGCCCCGACCACCAUCUUCAUAGAUGAGAUAGACUCCAUUUGUGGGAGUCGAGGGAAGUCGGACGAACACGAAGCCAGCCGCAGAGUCAAGUCAGAAAUACUGGUACAGAUGGACGGUGUGGGGGGAGCUUCAGAGAAUGACGAUCCCUCUAAGAUGGUGAUGGUUCUGGCUGCUACUAACUUCCCCUGGGACAUCGAUGAGGCACUACGGAGACGACUGGAGAAGAGAAUCUACAUCCCACUGCCUACAGCCGUGGGUCGUGCUGAACUGCUGGGGAUCAGUCUAAAGGAGGUGGAUGUGGCUGAUGAUGUGGACCUGGCUCUCAUCGCUGACAAGAUAGACGGAUACUCUGGAGCUGACAUCACCAACGUCUGCAGAGAUGCGUCUAUGAUGGCUAUGCGUCGGCGUAUCCAGGGCCUCUCUCCAGAGGAGAUCAGAGCUCUGUCUAAAGAAGAGCUUCAGAUGCCUGUCACCAUGGACGACUUCACAAUCACCUUGAAGAAGAUCUCCAAGUCUGUCUCCGCUGCCGACUUGGAGAAGUACCAGGCCUGGAUGGAGGAGUUUGGAUCUGUCUAGAGAGAGGACACAGCAUCAGGAGUGGAAGAAAGGACUGUAAGAGCAGAGUGGGAAAGGACCAGUGGGGAUUGGAGGGGGAGAGGACCAGUGGAGAGGACCAGUGGGGAUCGGAGGGGGAGAGGACCAGUGGGGAUUGG